UGGGACCCCAGGGCUUCGGACUGCAAUACGGUCAUGUAGCCCAAAUUAUUGGGGGCUAUAUGACCGUAUUGCCCGAGAUUAUGAGAAAGACCAUUAGCGUGUGCAACAAAAGUCAUAUAGUUUCCUUGCCUACCAAAUCGCCAUGCGCAACACAAUGCCAAAUUUACUGGAUUUCCUGGAUGACUUUUCCUUUGUAAUUCCCUGACAUGCGAAUGCUCUUCGCAGUCGGUCUGCAAAACUUCCGCGUUGUUUGAGGGAGGGACAAGAAAUCACGGAGCAUAAAUAUUAGCUCACAGAGCGUUUGGCGGCAGUUGAGGCGCUGACAAAAACACGCAACAUCGGCGGAAAGAUGUCUGAUACACUGUCUUCAUCUUCAUCUUCAUCUUCACCAUCAAGUGAUUUCUCCGGCACAUGCAGCAUUCAUGGAAAUGCUGUGGUCGUCUACUGCAAAGACUGCGAGGUGACGGUCUGUGGCACCUGCCUGACCGACCGCAGUCAUCACAAGCAUGAAUUUGAUACGCUGAAGAGCGGCUUUGAAUUACAGAUCGAGGCAGUAAAAAAACGAGUGAAAAGCCUUAAGACUAGCCUGAUGAAGCAGACUGCUAUCAAAUCUCAGGUGGCUAAAGCGAAGAAUGAACUUGAGGAGAUGUUCGCCGUGGCAAAAGAAAAUGUAGCAGAGCAGUACCGGGAGAUACGGGAACUGAUGGAUCAGAAUAUGCAGCAGGCGUUCCUGCUGAUACAGGCCCUGAACCAGAGCAUGAUUCAGGACAUGGAUCAACUAGUUCGAUUUGGGGAAGAAUACGAGGAGAAGAAGAAAUUCGUUCAGCAGACUGUGAAACAGCUCCAAAGAACGCAGGACACAGAUGAUGCUACCAUAAUCAUGAUUGAGGAAGUGGAUGCAGGAAUUGAAGAAAUAGAAGAUUAUCACAGAAACUUUUUGGAUGUAAUAACGUUUGACAACAGAAGACUGAAGGCUCUUGAAGAUUCCAUUUCAAGGAUUGUGCAAAUGAACAAGGAUCUGCUGCCCCGGCCAUGGGAAUUUGGAGAGAAUAUCACUUUUGAUGAUAGUAGAACUCAUGAACACCUGAGGAUUUCUGGAGACAAGACCAAGGUGCAAUACGGCGUAUCGCUUUACCCCAACAAAAGGCAAAAAAGGAAGCAAAAAGAGACUGUGGCCAAUGUUCUGGCUUCCCAGUCCUUUACUGAGGGGAGUCACUACUGGGAAGUGAAUGUAAGGAACACAGGGCGCUGGACUGUAGGUGUGGUAGAUCAGGGCUGGUUGAAGAAGGGUGUCCAGCAGGCUCUGGGCCAAGACAGGCUGUCAUGGGCUCUGCAGAUGGAUGGGGACUCGCUGGCAGCCCUGCACAAUGAUGACACCAUCAUGAUUAGAGAGUCAGUGAUAGAACGGCUGGGAGUCUUCCUUGACUUCAAAAAGGGAAGACUGCAGUUCUUUAAUGUUCUCAGCGGAACUGUCCUGCACACGUUUGCGAGUAAGUUCAAGAAUCCCCUUUCCCCUGCCUUCAGCAUUGAAUCUCAAGAAGGCAGCACAGCUGUGAUGAGAAUUUGUGCCCUCAUGCCAAGGGAUUUAGAGAGAAGUUAUAGCAGAGAGGACCGGAGAAUGUCAUCAGAUUCAGGCAUUGGGAGAGCUAUGAACGUCCCCAUUGGUGCUUUUGUACAAAGCAUGGGCGAGGUGAGAGAGGACGGUCAGUCCAUUACAUCUACAAGCGACGAUCCCUCACAGGCCUCAGAUCAGUCAUCUGACCAUGACCAUGCCUCUGCCAUACUCUGACCCUAAUCCUAACCCUAAAUUGAGAAGGUGGAUGUUUUCAAUAGUACAUCAUGCAUUUUAAAUAGUAACGGAGAUUGAACCAAAAUUGAGGCCUUACGUUUUCAUCUUGUCAUCUUAUCUGUAAAUCCAUUGUAUGUGCUGACAUGAAGUUUACUGUGUGUGAAUGCACGUGACCCAAAAGCACACAAAAAAAGCCAUAAUUUUGUGUUCAUUAAGUUUAAAAGUGUAAUCAUUUGGUAUAUUACAUGCAUAUAGAAACAAAGUGAUUGUUAACUUUAUUGCUCAAACUGGGGUAUAGUCCUGUAUUUUGCAACUUUAACCCUCUUUUACAGAAAGCACAUAUUAUUUACAUUUAUAUAUAUACAUAUAUUUAUUUUGCACAUUGGGGUAUUUUGUAUCAUUUGGGGGUUAAAUUCACCAUAUCAUGAAUAUAAUUAUAUUUGUAUUUAUUAUAAUUAUUUGUUCUUUAUUGGAUUUGUAUUACAAAUAUUAAUAAAAUAUGCACUAAGGUAUAUGUACAAUCAUAUUUACAUAAGGGCUGGGAAUAAUAAAUGUUUUUAAUUUUUGAUGCCCAUAUGUUUGUCUUGAGGUUUAACCACUGAAUUCAUCUGCAAAUAUGUAUUAUGAAUGUCAUCUAAAAUUAAUCACAUGUUGAAAUAAAUUUUACUUGAAAUGGAAUCAAUGUUAUACAUUUCUAGACAUCUGAUUUUAUUGUAAUAAUUGUACUGGCUAAUAAAAUGUUUAAUUCACAA